AUGGCUAUGCAUCUCUAUCGUGACCAAUUUGGUUUACGUCCAACAAGUGCAAGAGCAACAGUUCCUAAUAAUGAUUUAGCUCGACUUAUGUAUUAUCUCAAUUGCGUAUUCAGUGCUAUCGAAUACGAAGAUCAAGAUGUACGACGAUAUCGUAACUAUCACAAUUGGUCAUUGCUUAGUGAUGCUGAACAGAGAAUGGUAUUAGUACUUGCUUUGGCUCUUAGUCCUGAUGAAUUCAAUGGUAAAAUCUUUUUUCAUUCAGAUGAACUUUGCGGUGAUAGUGGUAACAAAUUUUAUGAAUUCAGUCAAGUUCGUCAUCAAUUUUUGGCUGUUCAAUCGAUUUUCGUUGCUGGACAAACACGUCAUGUCAAACAAAUUAUGACAUAUAAAAUGUCUUGGAUACAAUAUUACUAUGUUGAACCAGUGAAACGACUUGCUUAUUAUUUCAAUCAACAACGAGAACGGCAAAUAGCUGCAGCACGAGCUAGAUCUGCCCGAGCAACCUAUACGUAUCAGAAUUCGCCAAGCAAUGUUUGCGUCAUUUCAUAA